CGGCGCCGGCGGUAAGUGCAAGAGCUAAUUCUAAAAGAGCUGCUAAAAAUGGAUGCCAUGAAGGUGGAGGUUAAGGACAUUGACAAGCUACUCGCAACCGAUGGAUAUCUAAAACCCUUUGAGCGCGAAAUACGACGCCGACAUGGGGUGCUUCAGGAUUGGAUUGGCAAAAUCGACAAGUUGGAGGGCGGCAUGGAGACCUUCUCGCAGGGCUACAAAUACUACGGAUUGCAUUUUCAGCCGGAUAAUUCGGUAAUAGCACGCGAGUGGGCGCCAGGAGCAAAGGAUGUUUACCUAACGGGUGACUUUAACAACUGGCAUUGGGAGUCGCACCCGUUCAAGAAACUGGACUUUGGAAAGUGGGAGCUGCAUCUACCGGCUAAUGAAGAUGGCACCGCACCGAUUAAGCAUCUGAGCGAAAUCAAAGUUAUAAUUCGAAAUCAGUCUGGCCAUUUGCUGGACCGCCUCUCACCCUGGGCCAAAUACGUGCGUCAGCCACCCAAGGAAGCCAAUCAGGGUGUCAACUACAAGCAAUAUGUUUGGCAGCCACCAGCUUCCGAACGCUAUCAGUUUAAGCAUGCGCGUCCGAAGCGUCCCAAGUCACUGCGGAUAUAUGAGUGCCAUGUGGGCAUCGCCUCUCAGGAGCCGCGUGUCGGCAGCUAUGACGAGUUCGCAGAGCGUAUCGUGCCACGCAUUAAGCGUCAAGGCUACAACUGCAUACAGGUCAUGGCUAUAAUGGAGCAUGCUUAUUAUGCCAGCUUUGGCUAUCAGGUGACCAGCUUCUAUGCUGCGUCCAGUCGCUUCGGAAAUCCUGAGCAGUUGAAACGUAUGAUCGAUGCUGCACAUGCCGCUGGUCUUUACGUGCUACUGGAUGUGGUGCACUCACAUGCCAGCAAGAAUGUGCAGGACGGCUUGAAUCAGUUUGAUGGCACAAACAGCUGCUUCUUCCAUGACGGCGCACGUGGCGAGCAUUCGCUGUGGGACAGCCGUCUCUUCAACUAUGUUGAGUACGAGGUGCUCAGAUUUUUGCUUUCCAACUUGCGCUGGUGGCACGAUGAAUACAACUUCGAUGGCUACCGCUUUGAUGGCGUCACGUCCAUGUUGUAUCAUUCGCGUGGUAUUGGCGAGGGCUUCAGUGGCGACUACAAUGAGUACUUUGGCCUGAAUGUUGACACGGAUGCACUCAAUUACCUAGGCUUGGCUAAUCACAUGCUACACCAACUAGAUUCCGAAGUUAUUACCAUUGCAGAGGAUGUUUCUGGUAUGCCCACACUUUGUCGGCCAGUUUCCGAAGGCGGUAUUGGUUUUGACUAUCGCCUUGGUAUGGCUAUACCGGACAAGUGGAUUGAGUUACUGAAGGAGCACAAGGACGAUGAGUGGAAUAUGGGAGAUAUUGUGCACACAUUAACGAAUCGACGUUGGAUGGAAAACACUGUGGCUUAUGCCGAGUCGCACGAUCAGGCGCUGGUUGGCGACAAGACCAUAGCCUUCUGGCUAAUGGAUAAGGAGAUGUACACACACAUGUCCACGGUGUCUGAGCCUUCGCUCAUUAUAGAUCGUGGGCUUGCACUGCAUAAGAUGAUACGUUUAAUCACACACGCUUUAGGCGGCGAGGCCUACCUCAACUUUAUGGGAAAUGAGUUUGGACAUCCCGAGUGGCUGGAUUUUCCCCGUAUUGGCAACAACGACUCUUAUCACUAUGCGCGUCGCCAGUGGAAUUUGGUGGACGACGGGCUAUUGAAGUACAAAUAUCUAAACGAAUUCGAUCGCGCCAUGCAUAUGCUGGAGGAACGCUUUGGUUGGCUGCACUCGGGCCCUGCCUAUGUCAGCUGGAAGCAUGAGGGUGACAAGAUUAUUGCCUUUGAGCGCGCUGGUCUUGUAUUUGUCUUCAAUUUCCAUCCCACCCAGAGUUUUACGGGUUAUCGUGUGGGCACCAAUUGGGCGGGUACUUACCAAGCCGUGCUUUCAUCUGAUGAUCCACAAUAUGGUGGACACAAUCGCAUUGAUGCCAAUUGCAAGCACCCAUCUAAUCCCGAGGGCUAUGCGGGACGCACGAAUUUUAUUGAGGUCUAUGCCCCAGCUCGCACGGGCGUUGUCUAUGCGCGGGUCAGCGAUUAAUAUAUAGGUAAGGGGCUACGAUUUUUAAGCAAAGUUCGGAAUUAAUUGUACAUAACUUGUUAAAGUUGCGAUUCAGAAAACAAUAUUAAAAUAUAUAAUCUGAGAUACAUAUAUACAUA